UUGAUUAAAAUUUGACAUAUCAACAACAAAAGCAACAACACAAAACAAGCGUCAUAUUUUACAGUGAAAUUUUCUUAAAAGUUUUAAGAUAAAUAGAAAAUUUUAUAGCAAAAAUAAUAAAAACUAAAAGAAAUUAUCUCUCCAAAUAUUUUGCUAUUAUAUUAAAGUCUUUAAGUUGCCUAAAAACUCCAAUAAAAUGAAAUCGGGUCUAAAUGAAAAAUGGCUGGUGUGUAGAAUCUGCUUAAAGCAGCCCAAAGAAGAAAUGCAAACAAUAUUUGAUAAAAAUGCUGAAAAAGAUUUAACGCGUAUGAUAUUGGAAUGCGGUGGAGUGCCCAUAAAACAGUUUGAUCAUUAUCCCGAUAAAAUCUGCAGCAAAUGUCACAAAUAUUUGCAAGUGGCAUAUAAAUUUCGUCUAACCUGCCAAAGGUCUCACAAUCAUUUGAGUAAAUUUAUAGCUCCUGUCGAGGUUGAAAAGCGUACUGAGAAUGAAUUUGAAGAAGAAAAUGACUCGGUAGGAAAUGCUUUGUCAAUAACGGAAGAUGGUUAUGUUGUAGAAGAAUCUAACGAAGGUUUGAUGGUCAAAUUGGAGCAGGAAAAUGCGGGUAUGGUAAAAGAAGAAUAUACGGUACAUAUACAGGAGGAAGAUGAUGAUUUUGUAGAGAUUUAUGAACCCAUGACUGAAGAGGAAGAAAAGGAAGUUUUUCAACUGGCAGAUGAUACCUUCGAUAAUGAUAGUUUACCCGACAGCCAGGAUAAUGUGGAAUAUCUAGAGUUGGAAGAAGAUUUAGAAUUGCCUUCAUCGGAUGAUGAUGAGGAAUUUAUUAAAAAGGAAAACGCCAAACAAAAGUCAAAAGUUUUAGCAAAACGUUCUGCUGCACAAGCUUCUACCAGCCGUAAAGCAGCCCCAGCAGCAAAACGUGCCAAACGAGAACCCAAAGAAAAGAAACCUAAGGAAACCUCUUACAUCUGCGACUUUUGUGGCAACAAAUAUCCUUCGCAGGGUAGACUAACAGAACACAUUAAGUUGCACAAAGGCAUUAAGCCUCAUGAAUGCGAAAUCUGUGGUCAUUGCUUUGCCCAGGGCCAACAAUUGGCUCGACAUAUGAACACCCAUACGGGUAACAGACCCUAUAAAUGCAGUUAUUGUCCAGCUGCAUUUGCUGAUUUGUCUACAAGAAACAAGCAUCACCGUAUUCACACCAAUGAACGUCCCUAUGUAUGCGAUGUUUGUGGCAAGAGCUUUACCUAUACCAAUACUUUGAAAUUCCACAAAAUGAUCCAUACCGGUGAAAAGCCAUUCGUCUGCGAUAUUUGUGGCAAAGGUUUUCCACAAAACUACAAGUUGCGCAACCAUAAAUUGAUACACGAGAGAAAAGGUAUCAAACUGGAAGUUGUUGAAGUACCCAAAUCCGAUGUCAAUCAGGAGCACGAGGCCGUCUAUCAUGAUGUCCAUGUAGAAGCAGCUGCACAACAGCUGCUGGAAAUCUAAAUAUUUAGUAAGAAACGAAUUACAACACUAAUUUUUUUUAAAUAAUUUACACUCUACUUAUUGCAAGUUAUGGAACAUUCAUUUAAAUAUAUAUUUUUUCUUUUUUUAGUUUAGCUUUAACUUUAUACAAAAAAUAUAGUUUAAUAUUAAAAUUAUGUAUUUGGACAUUUACUUCAUUUAAGUUGUAAAAUAAACAAUCUCAAUGAGUAAAUUUUCUGAAAU